UAGCAAAUCGAGUUGGGAAACACAAAACCAGGAAUGGAUUAUGAUAGAGCUGGAGUGAGCUACUAGUUAGCUUGCCACGUACUAAGACAUUGUUCCCUCUUUGCUGGUACGAUUUUGACACGUUCUUAGUCACAAGAGAAGUCUUAAGUGAUCGUUGAAGAGAUCAGAAAGCAUUCUGAAGUCGCAUGAAUUCCACCUCCCCGUGCAAGCUGACCAAAUUUGAGCUAGCUGGCUAGCAACAUUCUAUCGGAGACUACUGCUGCCGCCAUAUUGAGCGAGACUCCGCUGUUUGCCAUGCAGUGACUGACUUGCUCGGACUGAACUGACAACAGAUCGGGGAUAGAAGAGUUGGGGGGGCUGCCGUUGCUGGUGACGCAGGAAAAACACCCAAGAGCAGACAAAAAAAAUCCAAGGAACUGAGAUCACCUCAACAUUCAUUUUAUGUAAUGCGAAACAGCAGUUACACGAAACGUUUAUAAGAUAAACGACAAAUGAGUUAUUGGAGACUGGAGUAGCUAGUGAAUAGAGGAGAAGUCAUAUCUAAUUUCUGGUAAGUGGCUAGUAUUGCUAAUGUUUGGACUAGCUCGCUAGCUAGCGAUAGUUGAAAAGCUGUGUUGUAGCUAGCUUACCAUGUCAAGCUAACGUUAGCUUUAUUCCUUCUACUGCACAACUUGUCUAGCUAGCACUAGCUUCUUUUGAUAUCAAAAGUUGUUCAUAUGGGGUGCACACAAUUUGAGUCAUUGGUGACGGAUGAUGCAUUGUGUUGACAUCAGAUAAUAGUGUGACAACUUGAUUGUUUCGCUUACAUGAUCUUAUGCUGGAAAUAUAACGUUAUGUUGAAGCCGGUUGAUGCCUAAACUGAAGUGAAAAUGGCUGACGGCCUCUUCCUUAUGUAGCCAGCUAGCUGGACUAGCUAGCUAAUGUUACCACAGCGCGCGUUAAAGAUUUAGGUUUUUGUUGUGUUUCAUUCGUAGAAGCCUUAUUCAAGCAGUAUCAACACUCUCAAAUAAACUGAAUCUUUCCAAUUACCCAUCCUUUGAACUUCAACUACUGAGUAAACGUUGUCACCCAUUGGUUUACGUUAACGUUGCUAGAUCAGAUACGUUCGAAACGACAUCAUUGCAAGCCUAGUUAGCUACUGGCUCACCCAAUACCUUAGUAGCAAGCUAGUGAUUGAACUGGCAUUACCAUAUUCGUUAGAGAAAUUGGAAUGGUGCUACCGAGCCAUAAAGCUAAUUCUGCAGCUAGCCAUAUAGCACUAGCUUAUCAGGAAACGGGCCUGAACCCUGCGUUAGGCCUAUUUACUAGUUAGCGUUCUGAGUUAACGGUGGACGACGCGUUGAAUUGGCAUUGUCCUACACGAAAGUGUUCAAUCAUUUUAUUUGGAUCAGCAAAGUCAACUAUUGAGUAACAUUUAUUGACGUUUGACCCACCGGAAACGCCCAUGAUGAAGCCUGGCUUUUUCGCAGCACUCAAAAGGACAUUAGCAAGCUCGCUAACUUGGUAGCAUUAUGUAGCCUGUCGGAACUUGGGCACCUUGGGCUGGACAAUUAUUCAGCGAAUUGACUUGGUUAUGCAAUGGUCUCUGCAAUCCCUCCAGUGCUUCAGGUGGUGCUUUCCCUCUCCUGCGCAUGCCGCUUGUCCGUCAGUCUUGAGGAGGCUGUGAUUUCUCCCCGUGCGCCAGCCACAUAAGCGGACAAGAUUGCAAAGAUCUGCCCCGUGUCGAGUAUGACGGCCACGACGCGUGGCUCUCCGGUGGGGGGCAACGACAGUCAGGGCCAGGGCCAGGCCCCCGACGGCCAGUCCCAGCCCCCGCUGCCCCAGAACCAGACGUCCUCUCCUAACUCCUCCAAUGAGAACUCUCCAGUGAGCCCUCCCGAUGAGCAGGGCCAGGGGGACUGCCCUCCCCAGCUGGAGGAGGAGGAGCCAGCUUUCCCCCACACUGACUUGGCCAAGCUGGAUGACAUGAUCAACAGACCCCGCUGGGUUGUUCCAGUUCUGCCAAAGGGUGAAUUAGAAGUUCUUCUUGAAGCUGCUAUAGAUCUUAGUAAAAAAGGACUUGAUGUCAAGUGCGAAGCGUGCCAGAGGUUUUUCCGAGACGGCUUGACUAUCUCCUUCACCAAGAUACUGACAGAUGAGGCCGUCAGUGGAUGGAAGUUUGAGAUCCACAGGUGCAUCAUCAACAACACCCAUCGUCUGGUGGAGCUGUGCGUGGCCAAGCUCUCUCAGGACUGGUUCCCCCUCCUUGAGCUGCUGGCCAUGGCCACCAACCCGCACUGCAAGUUCCACAUCUACAACGGCACGCGGCCCUCCGAGACGGUGCCUGCUGGAGUGCAGCUUGCCGAGGACGAGCUCUUCGCCCGCCCACCCGACCCUCGCUCUCCCAAGGGCUGGCUAGUGGAUUUAAUAAACAAAUUUGGCACAUUAAACGGGUUCCAGAUUCUGCAUGAUCGCUUCAUGAGCGGCCAGGCUCUGAAUGUGCAGAUCAUCGCUGCACUCAUCAAGCCUUUCGGGCAGUGCUAUGAAUUUCUCACUUUGCACACGGUGAAGAAGUACUUCCUCCCCAUCAUAGAAAUGGUCCCCCAGUUUCUAGAAAACCUCACAGACGAGGAGCUGAAGAAGGAGGCCAAGAAUGAAGCCAAAAACGACGCCCUGUCCAUGAUCAUCAAGUCACUCAAGAACCUGGCGUCACGGGUACCAGGCCAGGAGGAGACUGUGAAGAACUUAGAAAUUUUUAGGUUAAAAAUGAUUCUUAGGUUAUUGCAAAUAUCUUCUUUUAAUGGCAAAAUGAAUGCACUAAAUGAAGUAAACAAGGUGAUCUCCAGCGUGUCCUACUACACUCACCGGCAUGGCAACCCAGAGGAGGAGGAGUGGCUGACCGCUGAACGCAUGGCGGAGUGGAUUCAGCAGAACAACAUCCUGUCCAUCGUGCUGCGGGACAGCCUGCACCAGCCCCAGUACGUGGAGAAACUGGAGAAGAUCCUGCGCUUCGUCAUCAAGGAGAAGGCCCUCACCCUGCAGGACCUGGACAACAUCUGGGCCGCUCAGGCCGGAAAGCACGAGGCUAUUGUGAAAAAUGUCCAUGAUCUCCUAGCAAAGCUGGCAUGGGACUUCUCUCCCGAGCAGCUGGAUCAUCUCUUUGACUGUUUCAAGGCGAGCUGGACCAAUGCAAGCAAAAAGCAGCGGGAGAAGCUUCUGGAACUCAUCCGCAGGCUGGCGGAGGACGACAAGGAUGGCGUGAUGGCCCACAAGGUGCUGAACCUACUGUGGAAUCUGGCGCACAGCGAUGACGUGCCCGUGGACAUCAUGGACCAGGCCCUAAGUGCCCAUAUCAAGAUCCUGGACUACAGCUGCUCUCAGGACCGCGACACCCAGAAGAUCCAAUGGAUCGACCGCUUCAUUGAAGAGUUGCGCACCAACGAUAAGUGGGUGAUACCCGCCCUGAAGCAGAUCCGCGAGAUAUGUAGCCUGUUCGGAGAAGCCCCUCAGAACCUGAGAAAGAAAAUACCUAUUAACAUACAAAAGAACUUAGAAGGUCAAACCCAGAGGAGUCCUCACGUGUUCUAUCGGCAUGACCUGAUCAACCAGUUGCAGCACAACCACGCGCUGGUCACCCUGGUGGCAGAGAACCUGUCUGCCUACAUGGAGAGCAUGAGGCAGUUCUCCAAAGCCGAACACGCUGACUUUGACCCGCAGACAGUGAGGCCAGGAAGCCGAUACAGCCAUGUGCAGGAGGUCCAGGAGAGGCUCAACUUCUUGAGGUUCCUGCUAAAAGAUGGCCAGCUGUGGCUGUGCGCCCCUCAGGCCAAGCAGAUCUGGAAGUGCCUGGCAGAGAACGCUGUGUUCCUGUGCGACCGCGAGGCCUGCUUCAAGUGGUACUCCAAGCUGAUGGGCGACGAGCCCGACCUGGACCCGGACAUCAACAAGGACUUCUUCGAGAACAACGUGCUGCAGCUGGACCCCUCGCUGCUGACCGAGAACGGCAUGAAGUGCUUUGAGCGCUUCUUCAAGGCCGUCAACUGCCGCGAGGGCAAGCUGGUGGCCAAGCGCCGCGCCUACAUGAUGGACGACCUGGAGCUGAUCGGCCUUGACUACCUCUGGAGGGUUGUGAUUCAAGGAAGUGAUGACAUCGGCAGCCGUGCAAUAGAUUUGCUCAAGGAGAUCUACACAAACCUCGGACCAAAAUUGCAAGUCAAUCAGGUUGAGAUCCAUGAGGAUUUCAUCCAGUCGUGUUUUGACCGACUGAAGGCAUCGUAUGACACCCUGUGCGUGCUGGACGGGGACAAGGACAGCAUUAACUGCGCCCGACAGGAGGCUAUCCGCAUGGUGAGGGUGCUGACCGUCCUGAGGGAGUACAUCACCGAGUGUGACAGCGACUACCACGAGGAACGCACCAUCCUGCCCAUGUCCAGAGCAUUCCGGGGCAAGCACAUCACACUGAUCGUGCGGUUCCCCAACCAAGGCCGGCAGGUGGACGACCUGGACAUCUGGUCGCACACCAACGACACCAUCGGCUCGGUGCGGCGCAGCAUCCUCAACCGCAUCAAGGCCAACAGCACGCACACCAAGAUCGAGCUCUACAUUGGCGGAGAGAUGGUGGACCCCAACGACGACCGCAAGUUGAUUGGCCAGCUCAACCUCAAGGAUAAAACGCUGAUCACGGCCAAGCUCACGCAGGUCAGCGCCAACAUGCCCUCCAGCCCGGACAGCUCCUCAGACUCCUCCACCGGCUCGCCCGGAAACCACGGCAACCACUACAGCGAAGGGCCCAACCCCGAGGUGGAGAGCUGCCUGCCUGGAGUGAUCAUGUCGCUGCACCUGCGCUACAUCUCGUUCCUGUGGCAGGUGGCCGAUCUGGGCUGCAACCUCAACAUGCCUCUCCUGCGUGACGGCGCCCGCGUCCUCAUGAAGCUCAUGCCCCCAGAUAACACUACAAUGGAAAACCUGCGAGCAAUCUGCCUGGAUCAUGCCAAACUGGGAGAGAACAGCCUUAGUCCCACCCUCGACUCCCGCUUCUUUGGCCCGUCACCGUCUCAAGUGCUCUACUUGAUAGAGGUGGUCUACGCCUUGCUAAUGCCGGCCAGUCACACGCUGGGUGAGGACGCCAGCGACUUCCAGUACAACUUCCUGAAGAGCGGCGGCCUGCCACUGGUGCUCAGCAUGCUCACCCGCAACAACUUCCUGCCAAACGCUGACAUGGAGACGCGGCGGGGCGCCUACCUCAACGCCCUCAAGAUCGCCAAACUCCUGCUCACCGCCGUCGGCUUCGGCCACGUCAAGGCUGUCGCCGAGGCCUGCCAGCCCGUGGUGGAGGGGACCAUGCCCGUCUCGCCAAUUAACCAGGCCACCCACGACCAAGCACUGGUGCUGCAGAACGCCCUGCAGAACAUCCCCAACCCCUCGGCCGAGUGUAUGCUGCGCAACGUGGCUAUUCGCCUCGCGCAGCAGAUUUCUGACGAGAACUUCUUCCAGGCUUCGAAGUACUUCCCAGACAUCUGUGUCAUUCGGGCCAUACAGAAGAUCGUCUGGGCCUCGGGCUGUGGCACUGUGCAACUGGUCUUCAGCUCUAAUGAAGAGAUCAGCAAGAUUUAUGAGAAGACAAAUGCAGGGAAUGAGCCGGAUGCAGAGGACGAGCAGGUGUGCUGCGAGGCGCUGGAGGUCAUGACCCUGUGCUUUGCCCUCACGCCCACCGCCCUAGAUGCUCUGAGCAAGGAGAAGGCCUGGCAGACCUUCAUCAUAGACCUGCUGCUGCACUGCCAGAGCAAGUCUGUGCGUCAGAUGGCGCAGGAGCAGUUCUUCCUCAUGGCCACCAGGUGCUGCAUGGGUCACCGGCCACUCCUUUUCUUCAUCACCCUCCUCUUCACCGUUCUAGGAAGCACUGCAAAAGAACGUGCCAAGCACGCCGGAGAUUACUUCACCCUUCUAAGGCACUUACUCAACUACGCAUACAACAGCAACAUCAACCUCCCCAACGCAGAGGUCCUCCUCAACAACGAGAUCGACUGGCUCAAGAGAAUCAGGGACGAGGUGAAGAGAACUGGGGAGACGGGCGUGGAGGAGACCAUUCUGGAGGGCCACCUGGGCGUCACCAAGGAGCUGCUGGCCUUCCAGACCCCAGAGAAGAAGUACUACAUUGGCUGCGAGAAGGGCGGUGCCAACCUCAUCAAGGAGCUGAUAGAUGACUUCAUCUUCCCGGCCUCUAACGUGUACCUGCAGUACAUGAAGAGUGGGGAGUUCCCCACGGAGCAGGCCAUCCCCGUGUGCAGCAGCCCCGCCACCAUCAACGCCGGCUUCGAGCUGCUGGUGGCCCUGGCCGUGGGCUGCGUGCGCAACCUCAAGCAGAUUGUGGACACGCUCACGGAAAUGUAUUACUUGGGUUGUGAAGCACUUACUGAAUGGGAGUACUUACCGCCAGUGGGGCCUCGGCCCACUAAAGGCUUUGUGGGGCUGAAGAAUGCCGGGGCAACGUGCUACAUGAACUCCGUUAUCCAGCAGCUUUACAUGAUCCCGCCCAUCAGGAACGGCAUCCUGGCCAUCGAGGGCACUGGCAGCGACGUGGAUGACGACAUGUCCGGAGACGAGAAGCAGGACAACGAGAGCAACGUGGACCCACGGGACGAGGUGUUCAGCUACCACCACCAGUUUGACGACAAGCCGUCCCUCAGCAAGGCAGAGGACCGGAAGGAGUACAACAUCGGCGUCCUGCGUCACCUGCAGGUCAUCUUCGGCCACCUGGCUGCCUCCCGACUCCAGUACUAUGUGCCCCGAGGGUUCUGGAAACAGUUCAGGUUAUGGGGUGAGCCGGUGAACCUGCGGGAGCAGCACGAUGCACUGGAGUUCUUCAACUCGCUGGUGGACAGCCUGGACGAAGCGCUCAAGGCCCUGGGCCACCCGGCCAUGCUCAGCAAAGUCCUGGGAGGCUCUUUUGCCGACCAGAAGAUCUGCCAGGGCUGUCCUCACAGAUAUGAAUGUGAGGAGUCGUUCACAACACUGAAUGUAGACAUCAGAAACCACCAGAACCUCCUGGACUCUAUGGAGCAGUAUGUUAAAGGGGACCUGCUGGAGGGUGCCAACGCCUAUCACUGUGAGAAGUGCAACAAGAAGGUGGACACGGUGAAGCGUCUGCUUAUCAAGAAGCUGCCGCCGGUGCUGGCCAUCCAGCUGAAGCGAUUCGACUACGACUGGGAGCGUGAGUGCGCCAUCAAGUUCAACGACUACUUUGAGUUCCCACGCGAGCUGGACAUGGAGCCCUACACGGUGGCCGGCGUGGCCAAGCUGGAGGGCUCGUCCGACUCCAGCCCCGAGAGCCAGACGCCACGCGCCGACGACCCUAAAGAGAACCCCCAGCUUCCCCCAGAGUCCCCGCCGCCGCCCGAGACCCCACCGCCCCCCGCCACCGACCCCCAGUCCCCGAGCUCGCGCUACCGCCUCGUCGGCGUGCUGGUGCACUCGGGCCAGGCCAGCGGCGGCCAUUACUACUCCUACGUCAUCCACCGGGGCGAGGGGGGCAUGGGCGCCGGUGGCGUCGCAGGAGGCGCGGGCGACGGCGAGCGCAACCGCUGGUACAAGUUCGACGACGGCGAGGUGACCGAGUGCAAGAUGGACGACGACGAAGAGAUGAAGAACCAGUGCUUCGGCGGAGAGUACAUGGGCGAAGUGUUCGACCACAUGAUGAAGCGCAUGUCCUACCGCCGGCAGAAGCGCUGGUGGAACGCCUACAUCCUCUUCUACGAGCGCAUGGACACGCCCGACCGCGACGGCGAGCUGGUCAAGUACAUCCAGGAGCUGACCCUCGGCAGCAAGCCCAACCAGAUCAAGAUGCCCGGCGCCAUCGAGUGCAGCGUGCGCAAGCAGAACGUCCAGUUCAUGCACAACCGCAUGCAGUACAGCCUGGAGUACUUCCAGUUCAUGAAGAAGCUCCUGACGUGCAACAGCGUCUACCUGAACCCUCCGCCAGGACAAGAUCAUCUUUUGCCCGAAGCAGAGGAGAUAGCAAUGAUCAGCAUUCAGCUCGCUGCCAGAUUCCUCUUCAGCACAGGGUUCCACACCAAGAAGAUAGUGAGAGGCCCAGCCAGUGACUGGUAUGAUGCCCUCUGCAUCCUGCUGAGGCACAGUAAGAAUGUACGCUACUGGUUUGCACACAACGUCCUCUUCGCCUACCCCAACCGCUUCUCCGAGUACCUGCUGGAGUGCCCCAGCGCAGAGGUGCGCGGGGCCUUCGCCAAGCUCAUAGUAUUUAUUGCGCACUUCUCCCUGCAAGACGGACCGUGCCCCUCACCAAUUGCCUCUCCAGGACCCUCAAGUCAGGCCUGUGAUAACCUGAGCCUAAGUGACCACCUGUUGCGUGCCGUUCUCAACCUGCUCCGGAGAGAGGUAUCCGAACACGGCCGUCACCUGCAGCAGUACUUCAACCUGUUCGUCAUGUACGCCAACCUGGGCCUUGCAGAAAAGACCCAGCUGUUGAAGCUCGGUGUGCCAGCCACCUUCAUGCUGGUGGCCUUGGAUGAGGGUCCCGGCCCCCCCAUUAAGUACCAGUACGCUGAGCUGGGCAAGCUCUUCACUGUGGUGUCUCAGCUGGUGCGCUGCUGUGAUGUGGCGUCACGCAUGCAGUCCUCUAUUAAUGGUGAGGGUAACCCUGCUCUGCCGAACCCUUACGGCGACCCCAACCUGACGCAGCCCAUCAUGCCGCUCCAGCAGCUGGUGGCGGAGAUCCUGUUUGUGCGCACCAGCUACGUGAAGAAGAUCAUCGAGGACUGCAGCAACUCGGAGGAGACCAUCAAGCUGCUGCGCUUCUGCUGCUGGGAGAACCCGCAGUUCUCGUCCACCGUGCUCAGCGAGCUGCUCUGGCAGGUGGCUUACUCCUACACCUAUGAGCUUAGACCUUACCUGGACCUGCUGUUGCAGAUCCUUCUUAUCGAGGAUUCCUGGCAGACCCAUAGAAUUCACAAUGUUUUGAAGGGGAUCCCUGAUGACCGGGAUGGGCUCUUCGACACCAUCCAGCGCUCCAAGAACCACUACCAGAAGAGAGCUUACCAGUGCAUCAAAUGCAUGGUGGCGCUGUUCAGCAACUGCUCUGUGGCCUAUCAGAUUCUCCAGAGUAACGGUGACCUAAAGAGGAAGUGGACAUGGGCGGUGGAGUGGCUGGGUGACGAGCUGGAGCGCCGGCCGUACACGGGCAAUGCCCAGUACACCUACAAUAACUGGUCCCCGCCCGUCCAGAGCAACGAGACCUCCAACGGCUACUUCCUGGAGCGCUCGCACAGCGCCCGCAUGACUCUGGCCAAGGCCUGUGAGCUCUGCCCCGAGGAGUGCCACUUAACGAAGCACGAGGCUGUGUCGGAGGAGGACGCUGCCCGGAAGCCGUCCUCGCCUCAGCAGCUUAUGCCAGGGGAGGUGGCAGUCCAACCGCAGCACACUGAGCCGGACGACCAGGAAGCCCCUGAAGAGCAGGACUCCUCUCCCCCAGAAGACACCUCCCUGUACCCUCACUCUCCAGGGACCCAGUAUCAGCAGCAGCAGAACAACCACCCCCACGGGCAGCCCUACACGGGCCCGGCGGCGCAGCAUAUGAACAACCCCCAGCGCCCGGGCCCACGAGCACAAGAGAACUGGGAGCCCACCGAGGAGGUGCCCCCCCCGGCCCAGACCACCACCAAGGAGUAGUCGUGCCAGCAACAGCGCCAGCUCCUCUUCCGCCGCCGCCGUUGCCGCACCUCCGCCCUUAAAAGCCUGUGCGCUCCACCCUCCUGCCCUCUCUCUCUCUCUCUCUCCGCCUGAGAGGAAGACCGGUCUGGGGCCCCACCCUCCACCCCACCCCUCGCCCACACCUCUCCACUCCAGGCCCUGCUGUAUCCAGAAUUCAGCUUUUUUUCUUUCUUCAUUUUUAUUUUUUUUUGUUUGUUUUUAUUUUUUGUUCUUUUGUUUUUGUACCUGACCUGGAGUGGAGGGUCCUACUCACCAUAUGCCCUGCAGUGUGACUCUCUUGACAUAUAACCCGCCUGCAGUGGAUAGUCAGCCUGCAGUGGAUAGUGCGUAGCAUCGUACAUAAAAAAAGAAACAAAACAAACAAAAACAAACAAAAAAGAUACAUAAAACGGGCCUGAGGCGCUUUUGUCAAUUUGACAGUGUACAUAGUAUGUUAAUGUUUUGACUGUUCAAAAAUAAUAAAACAAAAAGAAAAAAAAAACACAACUGCGCGACAAGUGUCAGUUUGCUGUUGGGGGCGACUUGCAGAUCUAUGAGAGAGAGAAAAACGACAAUAAAAACAAACACAAAACAACAACAACAAAAAAAUACAAAAAAAGAGCAACAACUUUGUUUUAUCACCUGUGCUCAGAAGUGAAGUUUGGGCUGGUCUGCCCGAGGGCAGAGUUGGGAGUCUUUGAGGUUUAGGAAAGAACGUAGCUUCAAUUGUUCCUGUCAACUUAAUCAUACUAAACCAGCUCUGGGGCUACUGGAGUUGGCGCUAGUGAGAACCCUUAGAAGUGGUUGGGUGAGAACUUUUACGGUCUCUUUUUUUUUUUUUUUUUUUCCCCUUUUUCUUUUUCUUUUUUUUUUGAUUGAUGUGACAAGUGGUGAUUUUUGUUUCCAGAACUUUCAUUGCCUUUUUUUUUUUCUUUUUUUUCUGCUAUUCAAGACCUUUUUGAAAGCUCUAGUUAAUAUGCUGUAACAUUUAGCAUGGCUUCACACCAGAAUAGUGUAGCCAAACGGGAAAGAAUAUGAUCAUUCAUGACAGCUGUAAUCCUUAAUCCAGAGCUCUUCUUACAAGCCGCCUUCUUUUGGUUUUCUUUACUGCUCUUUUUAAUUUAAUUUUCCUCUUAAGACAUUGACUGCUAUUAAUUUUGAACCAAUGUAAGAAUAAGUGGCUUUUCAAUUGCACAUAUAAUCCUCGCUCACUCAUUCAACAGUCCUGUUUUUUUUUUUUUUUUUUCCUUUUCCUCCCCUCUGGUGGGUUAAAAGCGCUUAGUUUUGGACAAUAGGAAUUACAAACUAAUAUAAAGAUGGAGAAAAAAAAUGUAUAUGCAACGAAUUUGCUAUGCCAGGAUGCGGGGAGCAUAAGACUGUGCUUGGGUAGCCUGUUUGUCUUUCCUGGGUGGAGCCUAGUGUUGGACACACACUGAAGCAGCGCUCCUGGUGAAUAGAAAGAGAUAGCAUGGGUCGGGGGGAGGGGGGCGAGACGGCAGAACCCCCGCCUCCCAUUCCCUGGCCCAUUCUACUGGAACGAAGGCAGGCUUAUUUUCGGACUCUUCACCCAAGGGGAUCGGACAUGAAAGCAGGGUUGUAUCAUAAGAUAACUGCUGGUUAGUCAUGUUGCAACUUGAGCUAAAGUUAAUCUUCUUUAGGAGUAAAGGUAACCAUCAGUAAAUACUGUAUUUAAUUGGUAACUUGAAUGCGUGGUUUUUUUUUUUCUCUUCCUCUGUCUAAAAAAAAAAAAAAAUACCAAAUACUCCUGCAAAUGAACAUAUUCUGCCCACCAUAUAAUAUUUAAAUACUUUGCUGUUUUAUUUUAUAGAAUUUAUUUUGUUGUAUUUCACUAAAAAUAGAAUUUGAUUUAAGAGGAACAUUUUUUGUCCUUGUGUUAUUUUUAAAGAAGAUAUUGACUGUACAGAGUUCUUCGCCCUGUUUUUUGCCGACUUUUGUUUUGGCCAUGGUGUGACGUUGAAUUCUGGAGCUACAGUCGCGAUGUGAACUUUCACUUUGUGAGGUUUUUUUGUGCACAGAAAUAUUACAAAACAGAAGAAAAACAACAAAAAAAAGCAUUGCGCCCUUCAAGAAUAAAGAAAACGGAAUCUUGACACUGUAACUGUCUCGUUUUAUUUAUGAAUCUUUGUAAAUAUGUGGUGCACAUAAAAAAUAAUAAAAAUAACAAAAUCA